AUGUCGAUAUCCGCCGAUAUUGCUUCGCCAUUCGAGGUAUCCGCAGACGCUGCAGCUGCGCUCGAACACGACGCUGUCUUUCAGCGCGUGCGUCAGCGUAUGGAAUCGAGCUUUUGCCCAUUCCACAGCGCGGAAUGCAGCGAGCAGCAGCGUUCUGUCUUCCGUCUGCACCGUGACGUCAUCUACACUCUUCUCCUCCCCCUAUUUGAAAUUCACGAUCAAGCUACACAAAUCGCGACGCGUGUGUUGGGCAGGCGGAAGGGUGCAGAGCCCGAGCGAGCCUUCCGCGGCGAGGCGCGUGGGGCCUUCGCCUGGCUCCAUUGCAUUCUGACCGAGGAGCGCGAAUUCUGCCUGGCCGAGGGAUGCCCGGCAUGCGUGGUGCUUCAUGUCCUCUCUUCAGAACCUACGAUUCGGUUGGUCGCGGUGGCGUGCAUGCUUAGCGACUUCCUGCCCGCCACCGACUUGGUAGACAUCAAGAAACGCCAUUUCGGGUUUUGGUUGAAAGCCAUGGAGAAGGCGGUCCGUGAAGAUGCUUUCUGGGGUGCGGAGUUCUGGCCGGAAAUCCAGCACCGGGCAGAAAGCUUGGCCGUCGACAUUAGGUAUCUGAUUAUGCAGUGCGUCGAACAUCGGAACGGAACAGAACUGCAACGGACGGCGUCGAUCAAUAGUAAUAAUCAUAACCAUCAUAAUAAUAAAUCGGCCGGCUGUAUUGCCAUGCGCUCUGAGCGACAUGCAUACCGCGUCCAUGUGCGGAGUAUUCCCGUGCAGCCGUCCGCGCUUGCCAGACGACAGCUGAACAUGAUGUGGGAAGAGCAAGAUCUGGUGUCGAAAUAUCUCCAGAGCUGUUGGAAUUCGCUAUGCUGGAGCGACCGUCGACAGAAGAUGGUUGACUUUUCGAAAACGGGCACAUUAUAUUUUCCACGCGAGGGGACGAUCUGA